AAUCCCCGUGAUCCUGCCAACCGCUCCCCCUUCGACAUCGUGUCUGUCCGUUCCCUUUCCGUUAUUGCCUGUCGGACCGGUAGCGACGCGUCCGAGGCCGGGGGCACGGUCCUUUCCGUGUGCUUCGAUCCCGGCAUGACCGAGGUUGGAUUGACCGCCACCCUUCCCUCCUACUUCUGAGCAUCCUUGACCACUUUGAAAGCCCUGUCCCCUUCUUUUGUUGCAAAGAUAGAUAAAAUGACUCCUCGUAAGUCCUCCCCACGUAAGCCGCAGGGUGGCGCGCUGGCGUCCAUGCCAGACGAGGUUCUAAUGAAGAUUUGGCUGCUUCUGGCGGAGCCGACGAAUUUCCCCCUGAUUUGCAAGAGUAUUCGAGAAUUCACCCAGCGACCUGACGUUCGAGCCAAGUACUUUCUGUCUCGACACGGAAGAUAUCUUGCCAUGUUCCAUGCAAUGGCAUGCCCUAAGUUGUUCGACGAGGCGCUGUGCCAGUCGCUCGUUGAUUCGGGAGCACACAUAUCCUUGGCCCUGAUGCAGGAAUUAAGCAAGCAACGCAGACAAGUGGUGUCUCAAUCUAUCCUUCGCUGCUGUCCUCGCCGUUCUUUCGGCGGGAGCUAAGAAGUUUCCUAAGCUGAACAUCGCCAAGACCUCUGAAAUGGACCUAUACUCAGACUGGCUCAAU